CUUGAUCUUCUACCUGUAAUUGUGACUUAGCUCUCUUUUUGCAGGCUUAGUUGUGGUCGGACUUCUACCAACGCUUAUGUUACACUAAGAUCAAUCAAAUUCUCGCAGGUUCUUUGAUUCAUUUCCGCAGGCCUUAAUUUUCAAGGGUAUUCUCUUUGCAUUCUAAUCCAGACUUUAAUUGGAUAAUGGAUGGGCGGAAAAGUAGAAGCAAUGUAAUGGAUCAGCGUAGGCGGAAAUCAGCUACCCCUAUAUGGAAACCAGUUCAUACUCAAUGUUCUUCAUCUGGUGAGAGCAUGGUUGAUGAACUAAAAAUGGAGGUGGAAGAGCUACGUGAUGCCGAUAAGGGUGAAAUAAUACACGCUGAAGGUCAAUACCAGGAAGCACAUCUAACCAUUUCCAACGCUGCUUCGAAUGCUGAAAAUCUAUACCAGGAAAGGGAUGUAACAGAACCAACCGACACAAACUUAAGUUCUGGUCGAAGUUCUGAACCUUAUGAUAAGAAAUAUUCAUUAUCGGUAUUGGUUGGAGCUUCUUUAAUGCGUUUCAUCAAAGGAAAAGGAGGAUCUAUGCAGCAAACACUUGAAGAGGAAAUGGGGAUUAAGAUCAUAUUUCCUUCAUCAAACAAUGUGGAUUCUCUCCACAUAAAGCAAAAGGGUUACUUCCCUAGGUUUGUCUCAAGUCUUACAUGGCAUGCAAACCCAAAGAGAUUAAACAAAGCUGCCUUGCUCAUACAUCUUUUAGGAUCUCUUGUUGAAACAAGUGAACUUAUGUUUAUUGAUGAAGUAAUUGAAGGCAUGUCUGCUGAAAGUGUCACCAAAGCUUCAGAGAAAAUAGAAUCGAUAAUAGAAGAGGUGACAAAGAGUUCAAGUGUAGAUUACUCUCACUUCAUCUCACUACCCUUGGCUGUACACCCUGAACUUGUUGAUAAACUCUUCAAUUUUCAAAGGUCCAUCUUGGGAGCUAGCAAUUCCGAUAAGAGUGAAAAUCUAGAAGAUUUUGGAAUUGAUAAAUCAAUAUUUAUUAACCCAAAGACAUUUCACUUAACUGUACUGAUGCUAAAACUAUGGAACAGAGACCGUGUUGUUGCUGCAACUGAAGUUCUGCAGAAAAUCUCUUCAAAAGUGUUGGAUGCCCUGGACAGGCGACCUAUCUCCAUAAGACUUAAGGGCUUGGCCUGCAUGAAGGGUUCAUCAACUAAAGCACGUGUUUUAUACGCUCCUGUGGAGGAAGUUGGUGGUGAGGGUCGACUUGAGCUAGCCUGUCAAAUAAUUAUAGAUGCUUUUGUUGAAGCUGGACUUGUUCUCGAGAAAGAUGCUCAACAGAAGCUGAAGAUGCAUGCGACCAUAAUGAAUGCAAGACAUAGAAAAUGGAAGUGGAGGAUGAAAAAGAUGGAUACAUUUGAUGCUCGGGACAUUUUCAAGCAAUAUGGUUCAGAAGACUGGGGUGAGUACAUUAUUGGUGAAGCUCAUCUUUCCCAAAGAUUUGUCUUCGACGAGAAUGGGUACUACCGGUGCUGUUGUUCCAUUCCCUUACCUUAAAAUGCGCAAACAGAUUGAUCCACAUUUUCAGUUACUUUUCCUAGCAAGUAGCAAUAUCAAAAAAGAGAAUCUAAUUAAACAGUUUUUUUAUAAGAACAUUUGUGGAGACCUAGACUUCUUUUUUCUUUUAAUUUGUAGCAUCUAGAAUUGUUGUUAUUGGAGUAUUGUACCAGAUUUUGCUAGAUCAAUUCAGUUCAAUUGUCAUGCCAUAAAUUUAGGGGGAUUUUUUUUAGGCUGAAAACUUGCAAAAUGAAGUCUACUUUAUUA